AUGGCAUCACCUUCAGUGCCCGUUGCAACAGAUCCUAUUCUUUCAACUGCGACGGUUCCCACGGUCAUACCAUCUUUGGUAACAAUCUAUUCGAUUGUGCCCGCUACCGAUGCGGCACCAGGCGCUCCGACCACAAUCACAACUACGAUCGAUGGCCAAACAACCACCAUAGUCUCAACUGGAGUUAUAGCUGGUUCUAUCACAAGCACCAUCAUCUCAACCAUCUCUUUGACCACAAGCCAAGUAGUCGUCAAUACUAUCGGCUACUCGACAAUUCUUGGGCCAGAUCCGACCACACCGACAACUGCCGCCGGUUUGCCCCCAACCACAGUAAUAUCCACGUCUGAUACACCUCUACCGACCAGUACAUCUGUAUCGGACGCAUUAUCGACCAGUUCUUCCGUUGGAGAAACCAAUGCUUUUGCGACCUCAAGUGCCACGUCGACAACGGUGACUUCAACAGCAAGCUUACCAAGUUCUCCCAGUUCCUCGGCAACCGGAACCAAUGCUUCGACACAAGCCGCACAUUCUUCAUCUACGUCCAAAGGACUAUCCACGGGCGCGAAAGCCGGGAUUGGUAUUGGCGUCGCGCUGGGAGUCAUCUUGUUAGUUCUUCUAUCAUUUUUGCUUGGCCAGCGCUAUUCUCGCCGACGCAACGAGCGUGCCAAGGGCAACACCGAUCUAAGUGGCGCCGACGAGAAGGAUAUAUUCCAAGCGGGUCGUCCAUAUGAGGCCACCGGUCCGAGGCACGAUGCUCUCGCCCCAUCUGCUCCCAAGGGCCAUGCAUAUUCCACGAACACGACUGCGAUUGUCAGUGGUUCGGAAUCCGCGAGCGGCAGAUCCUAUGACAUGCCAAUCCCCAACCCGCCGAACAACCAUGCGCAUAACCCGGAAUUAUCAGCUUUGCCUCCAAUCGAAAAAGGAGACGAGCCUAUGUAUGUGGGCGUCCCUGCGCACAUGUCAGGUUCCAAGCGAUGGAGUAUGAAAGAAUUCAUGAAAUGA